AUGUCAUCCUCGAAUAAAAAACCUCAAACUGAUGCAUUUGUAAAUAAUGGUUUUCAAAAUUGGGGAAAAGCUCUUGAUAAAUCAAAAGGUUUCGACGAACGUCUACAAAGCCAGGGUCAUAUUUUAGCUGCAAGCAACUUUGAAGUUUACCAGCAAAGAGAGGGAACACAACAAAAUGUUAUACAAGUAUUAGAUAAAGUCGAAUUGAACAAAUUCGUCGAAAUCGAGAACUAGUGUACUGCGUGAUCAGGCGUGAUCAGAAGGUUUUUUCGUGAUCGCGAUCGUGAUCGUGAUCGAAAUUAAAAUUUGAUAUUCACGAAAAUAUUAUAUGCGUUCAAAAUUUCAAAUAUUUAUUGAAAAAGUUAAUGUUUACAUUUAAAUUAUAAAAUCU